CAGCAGACGAAUGUGCGCGCUCACGAGGGCUAGGCGGGAGUGCGCUGUGAUGACGGACGUGAGUGACUGGAGAGGUAACAUGUCCACCACAGCCGCCGCGCACCUCAACGACAAUGAAGACCCGGGCCUUAACGGAUCCUGGGUGGAACUGGAGAUGAAUGGAAACACUCAGCCACAGAACCCCAGUUUGCCCUCCCUGCUGGAGAACGGGAAUGAAGGCGAGUCCCUGGUUUCACAGGCCCUGGAGGCCGUGCAGGAGGAAGAGGAGGUUCUGACAGGAGGACUGGAGCAUGUACCAUCCUCCUCCUCCAUCCAUAACGGAGACAUGGAGAAAAUCUUGCUUGAUGCCCAGCACGAGUCCAGCCCCAGUAGCUCAUCCUGCAACAGCCCACCACGACCUCACAGUCCUGAUCACGACGAGGGCCAGAUCAUGUUCGACGUGGAGAUGCCGAGUGAGAGAGACUGUCAGUCAGAAGAUGACAGUGUGGAAAAGGACAGGGAUGAUGAUAUUCUCAUGAAUAAAGGGGAGGGUUGGGUGGCAGACUGGUCUAGUCGACCAGAAAACAUUCCCCCAAAGGAGUUUCAUUUCCGUCACCCGAAGCGCUCCGGAUCAGUGUCUCUUAGCAUGAGGAAGACUGGUGCUAUGAAGAAAGGAGGCGUGUUCUCUGCUGAGUUCCUCAAAGUGUUCAUGCCAUCAUUGCUGCUCACCCACAUCCUGGCACUGGGACUAGGGGUCUACAUUGGGAAAAAGUUGACCAUGCCUUCCACAAGCUCAUUUUGAACCCAAUCAGACCCCAGUGCCUGGAUGCCCCAUCUGAAGCAGUGGCGUCAAAGCAGUGGACAAACAUGUGUGAUAAUUCCUCCCUCUCUUUUUCUCUCCUCCUUAAUACUCCCAUCUGUCAUUUCUUUAAUUCCACAGUCCUCAUAUUCAUCACACACUUGCCAUUUCUGCGCUCUAAAGCUUACUGACUUGUUUUAGAUGUUUUAUUUAUUUUAUUCAGAAAUCUAUUCGCUAACUUUUCUUAUGUACACUUUUCUUAUAUACACAGACAGCAGUAACAGCUAAAGCCUCAGUUAUUACGCCAUAACUACAAUUACUGGCAUACAAUUACAUACAAUUUUAUUUAUGCAUAUGCAACUGACACAUAACUCCGCAUUGGUUUUCCCUGGAUGUGGCUGGCAGUGUUCAGUAUCUCAUGUACUUAUUUAGGUACCACUGGACAGAAACAUAGUGCCGUCUGUGAAGUCACUCGACUGUUAACAGCUCAUUUUAUGUGUUAUUUGUUUUGCUCAUGUCAUGCAGUUUAGUAGUUUAGACCUUUAAUGAUGUUAGAUGGAGUUAUACACAAGUAGGUACAUCUUCUAGUGCUUCUUCCUGACAACAACAGCUCAAAUGUGAGUGUUGCCACCUUGUGAAUCCACUGAUUAGUGCAAAUAAUUCAGGAUGCAUGUGCAUACUGCACGUUCAGAGUAUGCACGGUUUGAAAAAUCGCGCCACACGCAUUAAGUACUCGCACACUCUGCUGAUGUCGAAAUUUGCGUCACAUGUCCUGUACGCAGACGCCUAGCAUUCGUGUCUAACUGAAGUAUUUUGGGCUUGGUCUCUUUAAGUAUGCUUAGUUUUUCUGCCCCGGUAAAUCUCUCACACGGUCAAGCGCACUAGCCUUUCAAAGUUUACUCUUUGUACCACAAGCCUGGAUGAACGCGUUUUACACAUGCACACUGUGGCUGCUUUGUGGUACUUUUUAAUACAGUCAACUCCAGGUGCAUGCACAGAUGGCGCAGAUCGUCCACAUGUCUAGAAUAACUGGGAUGCACUUCGGAUGACAGUCCGAACAUGCUGGAGAUGCAGUUUGCGUCGUAGCGGCACGUGGAAAUCCAUAGUAUACUUCCUCUCUAGCAUUAGAGAUGUAAAAAUAAAAGCAAGCGAUAUGGAAUAGACUAUUAAACCAACAGUACCGUAUGGUAAAUAUAAACCCCACAUUUUUCAUCUUAUUUUGUAAUCACAGUAAAAGAUUUUCCAUUUAAAACAACUUGUUAUGGGGUGCUGAACUAUUAAGUAUGUGCAUGCAUGCCCACCCUUCAGUUUAAGAGCCAAACUAAUCAGGUUAGUUUUUUUCGGAGUUACUAGGAAGGCUACACACACGCACACAGAUGCACUCUCGUUUGCCUUGAUGCAUAUCCUGCUGUCUCAGACCAGGCUCACAGCAGUCUCUUACUGUGUAUCUUAGUGCCAAAAGGUUUCCACUGUGAUGGUACAUCUGCCAACCCAACAUGAGCUUGUCGUACCUCUUGUAGACAUGUUUAUAUGAGGAUCGCUGCAGACUCACUUUGGCUUGAGAUGAUUAUUUAUCCUUUAGCCCACUAAAUUAUGAGAAUGUCAUGCAAUGCCUUUACUUUUACUGUGAACACCAUGUUGAUGCUAGUUUAUUCCAAGCAAAGUGUUUCCAUAAUUUAUUAUUAUAAGCUAUUAUAUGCACAUUUGUCAAAAUAACAUAUGCCAGAGAGAAGAGACAAAUCUGAUGACCCCACACCCUUUGUACAUAUUUUUAUGGGAUGUGGUGUAAUUUUACAGAUUUACACUACUCAUUUAGCAGGUUUACAUUCAGACACAUACAGGUGACUUUCAUAAAACAUGUCAAAAACUUGUCCAGGUCAUAUUUCACAUAAAAAAACAAAAAGAAGGAAAUAAGAAAUAAUGUUUUGCCUCAAGACAUUUUUUUUAAUUGCGGCAUUAUUUUCAUGACAGCACAAUUUCCAACCAAAUUCUCAUUAUUGUAAUGCAAAAAAGAGGAAAUAUUUAAUUUGUAAAGUAUUAGUUUACUAAAAAAUGUUUUGUGCUACUAUUUUUAAGAUUUCCGCAUUUUAAUUGUAUGACAAAUUUCUGAAUUGAGUAAUCUGUAACUAAAUGUCCAUAUUAUGAAUUAAGAAUAAUCU